UUCCAUGGCCGUUCAGAAGAGAAUCACAUGACAAACAAAAUAUUGACAAACGUGGGGACCUUGGCAAGGUGCCCUAUACUACAGGUAUGAAAAGAGAAAGUAGCGAUGGCUGAGACAAAUUAACGAAGAUGAAGAAAUCAGAAACUCGGUCGACAACUCUACCAGCAGUUCUUAAAGAAUAUGUCCCGGAAUAUGACCCAAAAGCUUCUGUAAAACGGACACAAGUUCAAGAUGAGAAACCUGUAAAAGUAUCUACGCAAGAAGAAGUUCAGAAGCCAAAAUCGUCAGGUUAUGGAUGUCGUCACACCAGUGCAGACCAUGCCAGGAGCACUUCAGCUGGGGCAGCAAGUACCACUAAACGCAAACGAGCACAUCCUGCACAGGAAGGAAUUAAAGCGAAAUAUGAAGACUUGUCACAAAAAUGGGACCAAGCCAAGUCAGAAGUAAGACAAGAUGAUUAUGAACAGUUGAAACGCAAAAUUGGACUACAGCAAGAAUUAAUACGCAGACAAGACACAUUAAUCGAGCAAAGAAGAGCUCAACAACAGCAAGAAUUACAACAGAAAAAGGAAGAAGAAAAGAAAAAAAGACGUGAUUUACAAGCAUCCUUGGAAGAAAAAUGUAAAAAGUCAUUAGAGGAAGAUAAGAAAUCAGCCAAAGGGGAAAGGAAGAAGAAAUCUAAAGGCAAUGUAGUUCAACCCCCAACAGUAACUGAACGCACCCCAUCAGCAGGAAAUGUCACACAGAAGUCAGGAAGUGCUGGGUCACAGGGGAGGGCUUCUGUGUCCCCAGGGACCAGACAGGGUAGAGGGUUUCAGGCCUCCCUACCCCCCAUGUCCAGAACACCAUCCAAUCCUGAUUUUGGAGGACCAGAGUCAAAACCAGGCACCCCAAUGUCACAGAAAGAGAUGUUAGAAUGGUACCAAGUCCAACUGUAUCAGAAGUUUGGACCAGAAGCUGAUUAUUUCUUGCAUCCAAAGAUUGAACAGAAGACCACUAAACCAAUACACCCAAAACUACACAAACAUGGAGAUGUUGUGAAUCCAUUAACAGCUGAAUGGAAACGAAUGCAAGAAUUGAGGAAAAAUAAUGCAGAAAUCGAGGGUCGAGCAGGAGCAGAAAAAUUGUUAGAUAUCUUGAGAAAAGAGUCAAUGAUUAGAUUGUAUAAAGAAGAUGCAAAGAUUCCAAGAGAAUACAAGGAUGCUUAUAAUGCCUUGGUGAGGUUCCAUUUAGGGAAAUAUAAUGUAAAUCUUCGAAGAAUAUUUGCUGCUGACAAUGAGGAUGUUUCGGAAAUAUCUCGUCUGUCUGACCAGUCAGUGAUGAGGAGAGUUCGUAACCAGAGGCAUAAGACUGAACUGAUGUACAGAGCCUCAGUGAAUAACCAAGACAGGACAAAUAUUCUCAACAUCGAAAAUCCAGUUAAUCAAUUAGACGCUGAAAUUGGUCAGGGUGUGGCCAAAUAUCUGCCAUCAUGGCUUGAUGAUUCAUCUGAUUACUCAGAAGAAGAAUAUAAAAGAUGGGUAAGAGGACAAGAAAACGAGCGCACCUUUACAUCAGAACCUAUUGCAGAAGAAGAUACAGAAGAAAUAAAAGAUAAUUUCAAAGAAAACAUUAAACCAGAGGAACAGUACAGUGGUCUUGAUGAUGAGCUAGUUUUGCUUAUGUCUAGAAAACGACAUAGGAAACCAAGAGAAAGCUUAAAGUUCCUUACAGAAAAAGACACACGAUACAAAGGAGGAUUUUCUGAGAAAUUUAGGGAGGACAGAGACAUCCCUAGAGCAUUUAAUGAAGCCAAAGCUCCAGAAAAUAAGUCGCAUUCUGUAAUGGGAAUGAGAGCAUCAUCAGAUGAGCAUCCAUCCUGCAAAUCUGCACCAAUUCCUGACAAACAUAGAAAGUAUUACACAGAUUAUGUCAGUGAUUGGCAGCCAUUGAGUAUGCAUGCUCUUGUGGAGUAUAAAAAGAAAAUGGACUCUGAAGGUGAUGGAGAGUUCAAUCAAGGGAGAGCAAAAGUGUGGAAAACUCAACUUAUUACAUGAUUUGUUUUUAAUAUAUUUAACAUAUUUUUAUAGAUUAAUGUUUGAUUUUAGUUUUUGGAAUAUUAAUUUGUUUUUGUUGAAAAAGCUGAUUGCAUUUAUGAUUAUUGUGCAUUUAGAUUUGAUAACUCUCUUGCCAUCAAUCUGCCAACACCUUCAGUGCUUUCUGUAGUUGAUAUUGUUGGUUUUUUUUCAAAGGAUAUAUUUUCAGUAAUAUUUUUUGACACAUUGACAAACUGUCCAAUUUCUUAAAGCAAAAAAAAAGCUGAUUCAAUUAUUUUAUUGCCUGAUUUCUCUGCUAUAUAAAAAAAAAACCAUUAAGGAUUAUUUGAUUUGGUUCCAUUUUUCUUCUUCUGUAAGUUUCAGUUGGUCAUGCAUGUCCAUUAGGAGCAAGAAAUACUAGAAGUUGUAUAAUUUAGAGUGAAGAUAGUUUAAAAGUGAAAGUGAUAUUUUAUUUUGUUAGCCUCUCUACAGCUAAUGUGAACCAAUAUGUAUAUUUAAUUCUGUGAUAACUGUAAUUAAACCAAGAUAUAUAUAUAUCAUUUAUAGUUAUUUUGUAAAUUGUAGAUCAUUUGUAUUUUAUUAUUAUGAAUUUACUAUAUGAAACUGAAAUUAUGGUGGUGACAAGAUUGUAUUUUUAGGCAUCACACAGCUAUAAUUUGUAUAUGACUUUAAAAAUUUUGUAGUUCUAUUUUGAUAUAGGGUUGUUAUUUACAGUAUUGCUUGGCUUUUGAAAAUCAACAUAUAUAUUUAGCAAUCAACAAAUGAUCAAGGCAAUUCACAGUGAAAAUAUAUAUAAUUUCUUAAAAGUAAAUUUUUGUAAGAAUAUAAUGCAUGUAUAAUUGUAUGAAUAUGAACUGUAUGAUGCUGUAUUUUUUUUUUUUUAUAAAACAUAGCAUUUUUUUAAAAUUGAUGACAAUAUUCGAUUUAUACAAUCUUCAGAAAAUAAAUCUUCUUAAAAUUAAAAAAUUGUCAGUCAUCACAACAUAUUUUAUGAAUACUCAUUGAUGAUGAUAAUGAGAUCUAUUUCCAAGAUAUGUGAAGUUCUUUUUAUUUCUUAUCUACUUGUAUGAGAUUUUUUUAUAUACAUAGAUUCUGAAAUUGACCAAAACUUUAUUUAUUUAUUUUUAAAUUGCAUUUAAUUAUCAGAACAUCAUGAACAAAUUUGUUUUAUCCUUCGCUUUUAUCAUCAAUAUAUUUGGCUACUUCUGCUUUUUGAUUUUCAAACUCAUGUUUUUUUUAAAUAUAAAGGAUGUGAUAAUUAAAAAUGAUUAUUGUAAAUAUUUCAAAUCCAUUUGAAAUUGUGAUUCCGUCCAAAACCAUACCAUUUGUAAGUCGGAGAUGUUUUUAGCAUCCAGACAAAACUGAUACUUGGUGCUAUGGGAUAUAACCAUAGUAAUUAGAUACACUGCAUAAAACUUUUAUGAGGGUCUGGAUGGGAUAUAACAGACCAGAAAUAUGAAUAGAGAAAAAUGGGCAAAAAUGAGAUAAAGAAUAUAGAAUAUUGGGCAAAGAAAUGAAGAAUAAAGAAUAUAGAAUAUUGGGCAAAGAAAUGAAGAAUAAAGAAUAUAGAAUAUUGGGCAAAGAAAUAAAGAAUAAAGAAUAUAGAAUAUUGGGCAAAGAAAUGAAGAAUAAAGAAAAAUGGCCUAAAAAAAUCAAAAGAACAAAGAAAUAAAGAUCCAGACCCUCCUGUAUUGUAUUGGAUAUCUAUGAAGGAUGAGAAAUGAUUGAAGAAUAAUUUUAUUAAUUUUUUAUUUGUGAACCAAUGAAGCUAUAAUUAUCUAUUGUCUUUACAUCUCUGCAGUUGUUUGAAAAAAGUUGGUUAACUGAUAUGUGUCGAUGACUGGACAGUAACUAGAUUUGCAAAAAGUAUGAAAAAGAAAACAACAAGCUAGAUAUUUUUAUUUGUUUUUGUAACUGAAGAGAUAUAAUUGACUAUGUAUGCAUGGUUUUUCUAUUACAAUCAUGAAAUAUAAAAAUAGUAAUGAUUUAAAAUUUAAGAAGCUAAAUGAUAACUAUGAACUGAUUUUUUUUCUCAAAAUAUAUAUCAACACUAUAAUGUAUGUUAAGUAACUGUAAAAUGAAGACUCUUGGUUUGGACAUUUUUUUCAUGAGCAUUUGUUAAUUUGAUACCUUCAUAGAUAUUCUUAUUCUAUAAAUUUCACAUGGCUUGUAAAAAUAAAGCAUUCCAGAAAUUUU